AUGUCUGAAGUAAAAGAUACUUUCUUCCCAGACCCAAUUCGUCUUAAUAUCGACCCAACGAGAUUUGUCACCAUCACUCGACCCAUUUCAGUGAAUCUCCAAAGACUCGCUUCAUAUUUUAGAAAAGACCCCAUCUCGACACUCCAAGUUGCACAAGAACUUGUGAGAGAAAAUAGAAGAUCGGAGGCCACACGAUUCAUUGAAGACACAAUUUUGUCCAACCCACCAUCAACGCUUUCUCAGAGCAUAUUAAAACAAUUCAUGCUGUUAUCUGCGUCACUUCUUGUCAAGCCAGAGAUGACACAAAACGACGUGCAGAAGGUGGAGAACAAACUUUCAAAUGCAACAAUAAGAGACACGGCAAUAGCGCAUUGUAUUGCGGGUUACACCAACUUCUACAUGAACAAACACCCUCGAAAUGAGUUUAAAAGGGCUUUAGAGAUCGACCCCAACUGUACGCCAGCUAUAGUGGGCUUGGCACUCCUCGAAACAAAACUUGGCAACGAGAGAACUGCAUUGUCGUACUACAAACAAGCUGUUUCGCAACAACCCACAAACCCAUCGAUUCGGUGUGGUGCUGCACGAAUAUUUUAUCUCCAAAGAGCAUUCAAACAGUCGAUCAAAUGUUUUGAAAGUGCGUUGGUGCUCGACAAGACGUGUCUUGAUGCGUUGGUAUCGUUGAGUCGAAUAUAUUGGAAUUUACGUACGCCAGAAGCCGUCAAACGAGCACUUUUGUUUGCGGAACGAGCCCUUGCUGUUGAUAGGAAUAAUGUGGAUGUCUUGUAUGUGCUUUCUGAAGCCGCAAUGUUCUCGAAGAAUUACAAGAAAGCUGAGGAGUUCUGCACACGCAUAGUCGAAUUAGGUAAUACCGCAGAUAAAGCUUAUGGACACUUCACUCUUGGGAGAGUCAAACACUUUGAGAAGAAGUUUGAAGACGCGAUGAAGGAGUAUCUUGAAGCCGAGAAGAUGGACAAAGACGAGAGUAUGCCACAGAUCAGAUUUCGAAUAGCACAACUCGAGUUUAAAAAGAAGGAGUACAAGAAAGUCGAAGACCGCCUUCUGAUAGUUGUGAAAAAGAUUAGUGACGACUUUGACGUAUUGAAACUUCUUGGGUACAGUCAACUCAAGUUGAAUAAAAAGAGCGACGCGAUCGCAAAUUUGUCGAAAGCGUCUUUGAUCAAGACAGAUGAAAAGGUUGAGAUCACUCUUGCGAUGUUACUUGAAGAAAGCGAGCCGCGACACGCAUCAAUGCAUUACGAGAAGAUUGAAAACAAAAAUGAGGAAGCGUUGAAUAAUAUUGGGUGCUGCUAUUACUUCAUGAAAGAGUACGAGACGGCUUUAAAAUGGUUUGAGAAAGCGGAAAGCACUGGGAAAGCAAGCGCGACCACUUUGUUCAAUAAAAGUCGAUGUAUUGAAGCGCUUGGGAGGUGGGACGAAGCCGAGAAAGAGUAUAGAAAGGUGUUAGUAACCACUCCGUGGUAUUUUGAUUGUCAUAUUAGGAUUAGUUAUCAUUACUGGGACUUAGGGAGGUAUGAUUUAGCGUCACACGAAUUGGUUGAAGCGAUCAAGAGUUAUCCGAAGUGUGAAGAUGCGAAGGUGUUACUUGGUGUCAUGAAGACGGAGAAAUGGAAAUUGGAGGAAGCGAUGAAACUGUUUGAGAGUGUUAUACAAGAGAAUCGAUCGAAUUUAUACGCAUUUUUGGGAAUGGCUAACGUUUACUAUAAAUUUGGGAAGAACAACGAGAACGCAAAGAAGAGGGCCGUGGAACUGUAUAUGAAAAUAUUAAAACACGAUGUGACGAACAUUCAAGCACUGAACGGUCUUGCGAUGUGUUUGGUCGAUAUCAAAGUAGACAACUACGUCCCACCAAUCGACUUGAUCUGCAAAAUUCUUGCGAAGACGAAUGAAGAGCAACCGAACAAAAAAGUUGCGUUCAGUCUUGGGACCCUUCAAUUCUACCUUGGGAAUUACCCAACAGCAGAGGCGACAUUCACGUACAUCUGCAAAACAUAUGGAGACGAUCCAACUGUUUUGAACUCGAUUGCGGAGUGUCAAUUUGUCUCUGGGAAAUUUGAACAGGCGUUGAAAAGCCUUGAGCGAGCGCAUGAAGUUUCAGACACUGCGGACAUAGCUUAUAACUACGCGUACGUCGCUUGGGUCUAUUUUGACCGAAUUAUUAACACGAGUGCGCUUGGGAAGAAGGAAAGUGAGACGAUCUUUGAGAAGAGUUUGAAGUAUUUGGAAGGGAAAAGCGAUUUGGUGGACUUUACAACGAAGUUUGAGGAGAAGUGGAAGGCGAACAUAGAAAAGGCUGUACGAGAGGAGAAAGAGAAAGUGGACAAAAGGAAAGAACUUGAGGAGAAACGCCGAUUGGAAAGAAUGGAAGAAGAGAAGAAGAGGAUGGACGAGAAGGAAAAGGAGGAGGAAAAGAAGAAGAACGACAAAAUAGCACUUCUGAAUAAGACACAAAAGGAACAAGAAGAGAUCCGAAAGAGACUUGAAGAGAAUCAAGCGCGGAUGGAAAGUGAAGGAGAGAAAAAGAAGAAAGAAAGCAAACGCGACAAAGGAGACCGACUGAGAAAAACAGUUGACAGUGAAGAAUUCCAAGAAGACAAUGGAACCGAAAGAAGACAACUCCGAUCGAAGCGAAGAAAAGUUGAAAACUUUAUUGAUGACGAACAAGGAGAUGAACAGAAUGAAGAGGGCGGAAGUGUUAAGAAUGAAAAAGAACACAAAAGUGGUAUUGAAGAGAAAGAACCCAAAGCAGAGGAGAAAGAUGUUGUCCCAAAGCCAGAAGUUAUUAAAAUGGAAGAAGAACCAAAUACAGAGAAAUCCAACAAUCUUGUCGAAGAUAAUAAAAGUAAAGAUGGGAAAGAAAUUAAGACUGAAGUUAAAAUUGAGAAAGCAGAAGAAAAACCAGCUGAAAAGCGCGUCAGGAAGCUUUUGAAGAAGAAGGAUGUGAAAAAAAUGGAAGAAGAGAAGGUCAAAAAAGAUGAAGAUGAUGUAGUGAAGAUAUAA